UCGGUUAUCGACAGACCUGAGCAAUAAACAGCUGUACGGUCAUCGUGCGUAACGUCAAAACAAAUCUCUGUUCGUAACCGGUCACCCGGUCGCCGUAUGGUUUCCGGGGGUCAAACCGACAGCUUGAUAGCUGAUAGGAGCACCAGUACAAUCGACACCCUGUCCGUGGAACAGAUGGUGUUCCGAGCGUGCAAGGUGCAGCAGCAGUCCGGGAACGCACUUGACUGUGAGUAGCCGAUAAAGCAGUAGUUCGUGAGCCGUAAAGUGCAGUGUGCGCUAAAUUCUGACCCUGGAACCACACUGCCAUAGCCGAUUGUUUUUGCAUUCCAAUAUCAGUGCUGCCAAAAUGACGAUCAAGAUCGCUCUCGUACAGCUGCGGGUGGUUGGUUCGAAGGAGAAGAACCUUAAGAAUGCAAUCGAUCUUAUACGCAUCGCAAAGAAGGAAAAGGAGGCGAAUGUCGUCGUGCUACCGGAGUGUUUCAACGCACCGUACACCGCCGAUUCGUUGCAGGACGUGGCCGAGGAGAUUCCGAGUGGUGAAACAUGUCGAGCACUGUCGAAUGCUGCCCGCGAUUUCGGUGUACACGUUGUCGGUGGUUCUAUCGUCGAAUCGUUUAGCGGACGGCUCUACAACACCUGUACCGUCUGGGGUCCGGAAGGUGAUCUGGUGGCAACAUAUCGGAAGGUGCAUCUGUGCGAUUCGAGCCUCAGCGGCAAGACGACAGUAGCAGAAACGAAACUGUUCACACCCGGUGACAAAUACGCCACGUUUACCGUUGGAGAAACACGCAUCGGGCUGGGCAUUUGUUGGGAUAUGCGGUUCGCCGAGUUUGCCACUGCUUAUCGUUCGAUGGGCUGCGAUUUGCUGAUCUACCCAGCGGUCUGCGAUGUACCGACCGGGGAGCAACACUGGGAGCUGCUGGCCAAAGCACGUGCGCUGGACAAUCAAACGUUUGUGGCAUUCUGUUCACCUGCGCGGGAUACACACGCCAAGCUUAUACCGUACGGCCAUUCGCUUGUGGUCGAUCCUUGGGGUCGCGUUAUCCAGCGAGCUACCGAGUUUCAGGAGAUUGUGAUUGCGGAUCUGGUACUGAAGGAGCUGUCCGUCGUACGCCAACGGAUCCCGGUGUUCGACCAGAAGCGUACCGAUCUAUACGAGCUGAAGGUUGGCUGCUCUGUCUGAAACGCCAUUCCACGAUCAUCGCGAUUUGCGAUUGCAAAUCACGCCAUGAUGAUCACUACGACGCGAUGAUUGUGUGUGUUCCUUUUUGUUUUUGCUUAGUGUUAUGAUCAUCUUUUUGCUAUACUGUGUGCAACGUUCGGUUUAAGAAGAUCAAAUGUUAAAUCAUCUUUCGUCUGGUAUAGUUACUACUUUUUUCGGUUUACUGAUAAUGAAUAAAAACAUACUCUUGUGUAAUAGUCUAAUGAUGCGGAUGCAACGAAUCAUGGUUGUGAUGUUUUCAUAGCUAUUACGAACAAAGGUCAUGGUCACAUGCGGCUAAUGAGUGUCUAUGAUCAUCCUAAAUUAAAAUACAAGUGAUGUAAUAUAAUGUUUAAGUGGUUUUUAUGGAAC